ACACCAACAUUGGCCGUUGACCAAACUGUGUGAUAUGUGGAUGCUCUUGCCGCUUGCCUUCCUGGAGAAUGCCAAGUCCAUCCCAUGAAGGCAAGAGAAACAGGAGGAUAUCGAAAAAGGAAGGGAAGGAGGGGAAGGAGUAGGAGAGCAUAGGGAUGGGUGCCAUUGGAGAGUAGAUGAACCAACUGGCCGGUCCAACCGCCGCACGGACUGGACAAGCCCAGUGAAGGAGCACGAAGAGGGUGGAUGGUGGAUCUCCAUCCAAUAGCUCCAAUCUUCGAAGCUUCACCCAAAACUAGCAACUAGCAACUAGCUUCCUUGUUCCGCCGUCUGGGAUCCAGAGGCUUUCCGUUCCAGUGCAUUACUAAAAGAGGGCUCGAGCCAAAGAAGUACAGUCAGCGGGAAGAGGGAUCCAAGUCUUAUAACCCUCUCUCUCUCCCUCCUCCCUGGGUGCUGCGUGACCCCUUUGGAACUGGCAUAAGAGACACUUCAUUACCGGGAGGGACACACCACCACCAUUCAUUUUUUUUCGGGGGGGGUUGUAAUUGAUCCCACCCUUGAAUGUAAAUCACUGUGACUGGAUCUUGACGAAUUUGACGAUGUGAUCCAAUGCUGGGAGGGGUGGGCCCCAAAUCCGAUCACAAUGAGUUCGCUGACCGCGCCCAGACGUCCCAGCCGGCAUUUGGAUCCGGAAUUGGGCGAACUAGGGCUGGCCACAACGGGAUCGCCGGGUCAACGCAAACGCAAACCGGUUCCGACCCCCAGAAGCACCUUAAGGAAACCGAAAUUGGCGACCCGAGACAAAGACGGCGGUCCUCAUGUAGCCUUGUCGUUUGAUUCGUCCUCCUCCCCGGAUGACAGUGGUGUGGGUGGAGUGGAAGAUGAAGACAAAGUGAGUCGUCCCCAUGGGUCAGGUGGAAGUGGUGAGGAUCCGGAGGACAUUUUGGCCGCCUUGGAAAAGAUCCCAGGGGUGGGGAGUCUGAGGUCCGUCCAGUCGAGUGUGGGUAGUAGUUUGCCUUCAUUGUCUUUGGACAGGGUGAAACGCGAGGAAUCCAGUCAUAGCUUGGGUUCCACCCAAAGCUCCGGCCAUUUCUCCAUGAAAAGCUCUGAGGCGGCAGAUUUUUUGAGGCGCGACCGCUCGCUCAAACUGAUUGGAUCCAAGAAGAUCGUAGACGAGGGAGCAGCACCUGGAAACGCAUUAAAAACACAAACUUCAAGCGAACAGGCACCCGUAAAGCCCAAUCGGAAGUCUAUUUCCAAACCGACAUCUCCAGUAAAUGGUGUCCCAACCAAGCCUCAAACGUUCCAAUUCAAUGAUAGUCAAAAGCCGAGUGAACCGAUGGAGUCGGACAAAGUGGACCCCAACGAAUCGAUAAAGAUCCAGACAAAUGAGAUCCCGCUCCAGAUGUUGGCGAGCAAUGCAACUGGUGAUCCAGAACAAGAAGAUCCCAAUCACGACGAGACUCAAGUGAACAUCGCCGACGGAUCUUCUUCCACUGUGAUUCAGGGUCGGCCUCUCCCUGAUCUUCCGGAACUCAGGUUCAAGAUGGAUGAGAUCCGAGUGAUUACGCCCACGUCAGUAGGGAGUGGCUCCGACAAGGAGCAUGAAAAUGUGUACGCCUCUUUGAUCAGUCCCACGCGCACAAGCCAGAACCACUAUUACUCUCAGCUGUCCUCAUCGACCACGCCUUGUGGGCGUCAAUUACCUCGCGUGGGAACGCCUGAAUCAUGCGCCCUUUUGGACCCGCGACCCGCUCGACCAAGGUCGACUUCCAACAACUACCUCACACUCACUGGUACUCUCAAGCGAGGUUCCAGAUCCUCCUCGUCCAAGCGAAACGAAAAGAUCGAGGAAUGUCUCUACGACGUCCAGCUCAACUUGACUUCCGAACACAUUUCCAAUCUCGAGAAGAAAGUCCACGCCAAGUAUCAUGAUCGAUGUUUCUGUGGCCUUCAACGGGGCAUUCACAUAUUCCUAUUCUCUCUGGUGUGCUUGCCGCUCUUUUGGGUGGUGGCCACUUGGCAAGCCUUCUACUUAGGUACACUUACCUGGUACAACAUAUUUAUCUACUAUAACGAGGAUCGAACCUGUUGCCACAAGCUGCUCUCGCCGUUCGUGCUUCUGGCCUAUCCACUUUGGAUCAUUCCAAUCACGGUCCUCGUAGGCCUUUUCGGCGGCCUUUACCAGAUCUCUUGGUACUUUGACUCUUGGUGCACAGCCAUUGCUGCCUUGGAUGGAGGGUUCUUCGGAUGGUUUUGCAACUGGUUGGAUGUACCGGAUUGUUGUCCUUACCAAGUCAUAUUAUUGUCAGCAAACGAUUAUGAAAGGCCUCCCACGGGAGCCACACUCUUAUGAAAUCAUUCUCACUAUAACUUUCGCACUCUGGAAAGCCAAGAUGAAAUUGGAAAUCUUCUCACUAGUCUUUAUUGCAAUAGUUUCUUAUUUGCACAAUUUGUUAUACCAUUUUUGAUACCGCUGAUAUUCAAAAUACAUCAUAGAAUCUCUUCUGAAUGACGAACUGAA